AUGACGGGCAAGUUCUCGGACAAAGACCCAGAGCGAUGCGUCCAUUAUGCCAGGUUCUUUCAGCAUCUCACUUUGCCUGAAGCAAAUGGUAUAUUCUGGCUUCUGUUCAUCUUCGUUCUAAUUAUGAUGUGCAUCAGCUCACUGCAACAUCACAAGUCCAUCGCCCUCACCGAGCGUGAUAAGUCCCUCCCACCCCGUGUCGUCAAUUCCACCAGCCACAAACUCAAAAACAGGCGCCUCCGCGUCAAGAUGCUCUCCAUCGCCUCACUUUGCCUGAUCCUCUCGGCAGCAGCCACGGUCUUCGAGUGCUUCGCACUCUUUAACAUCGAGUUCUGUGAUGGCGAAGACCUGAUGCAAAUGUACUGGGGCUUCUGGUCCGUCCUGCAAGUGGGCUCCAACAUCGCUAUUCUCGGCGUCAUGGUGCAAUUCUGGAUCGUGUUGGGCGAUGUCGAGACGCCAUCCUGGGCCGUGGCGCUGGGGACGCCGGUGCUGGUGUUUGCCGCGUUGGGGUUCGUAUUUAGAGCGAUUGGCAAGAAUGUUUGGGGGAAGUUUACGGGGAAGAGGGAGGAACGGGAGAAGGAGAGGAGGCAGUCGGAUGAUGAAGAGAGUGGUGUUGGCGGUGAGACGGAUGAUGAUGGUGAGGGAGGGCAGGAGAAGGGCAGGGUCAACAGGUCGUUGAGUACUGCUCCAACGAUAGUCAACGACGACUCUCGCUACGCCUCCCCAUCGCCCCCACCAGGCGAAGCAAGCAACGACUCCAACAAUAGUAGACCACAACCGUCUCCUCGCGGCCCUACGGUCUGGUCCCGCGACUUGCAAUACCUACUCAGCUCUGUCGUGCACGGCGAGCAUGAUCAAAGUCCUCGUUAA